AUGCCUUCCCGUCGUUUAUUUUCCACAAUUGGAGCUCUAAGCCAUGAGAAUCCCUUGGGACUUCCCAAAUCUGGAUCCUUUCCGCGUAUGCAGAGAGGGCUUCCCACAAAAAGACAUAUCAAAGAUGUUGACAAAGUGAUCGCCGUAUCUUCUGCAAAGGGCGGUGUUGGAAAGUCCACGGUUGCAGUUAAUCUUGCUCUUGCUCUUGCACGGCAAGGAAAGAGGACUGGAAUUCUCGACACUGACAUUUUUGGACCUUCGAUCCCCAGACUUUUAAACUUAUCCGGCGAGCCUCAUCUCUCUCAAAACAACCAGUUGAUUCCAAUGAGUAACUACGGCAUCAAGUCCAUGUCGAUGGGAUAUCUGGUAGGCGAAGAGGCACCGGUAGUUUGGCGUGGUUUGAUGGUCAUGAAGGCUUUACAACAGCUUCUCCAUGAGGUCGAGUGGGGCGGCCUAGAUGUGUUGGUUUUAGACUUGCCUCCAGGAACCGGCGACACUCAACUCACAAUAACCCAACAGAUUAUACUCGAUGGUGCCGUUAUUGUGUCCACACCCCAGGAUAUUGCUUUGAUCGACGCUGUCAAAGGAAUUAAUAUGUUCAAGAAAGUCGACGUGCCGCUCCUUGGGAUGGUUCAGAACAUGAGUGUAUUCACCUGCCCAAACUGCAGCCACUCAACACACAUCUUUGGAACAGAUGGAGUUGCGCGAGAAUGCGUAAAACAUGGAAUCGAGCUUUUGGGCGAUCCUACGGUUGUCGCUGAUCCAGACGGGAUCUAUGCGUCGGCGUUCUCAUCGAUCGCAUCGAAAGUAAACAAGAAACUAUUCUCGUAA